AUGAGGCAAAAGCGAUGGGCUGUAAAGAAACAUUGUUAUUAUUUUACAGUUAUUAAUUAUGUAAAAUGUGUUGUGCAAUGUCAAUUCAGUGUGAUAUUAACUUUGAAUUCAUAUGCUAGGACAUCUCCCCCCAAAAGUGUCAGAGUGACGUAUGCACAGGGGAUAGUAGCUUUGUUUCCCUAUCUAGAAGACCCAUACUCACAGCAUGGAUAUGAACAUUACUACGAUCCGGAGAGUGGUUCGGGAUACCUUGCAUGGCGAUUGAAGACCAUACAAAGAAAAACAGCAGAGGAAAGAGAUGCCUCAGUCAGCAAAUCUCCUAAAGUUGGUGGGCCAGGCCGUGGUCGUCAGCCCUUCACCUAUGACAGAGAGCCAUCUGAUGAGGAUGUGGAAGCAGCUAUUGCUGUUUUGAGACACUCUGCUGAUGAAAACACUGUCCGUGAGAAGAUGAAAAUGACCUUCACAUAUCGGCAAGUAAUGGUCAACGAUGAAGCCAAAUCAUCAGAUGUCUUCUUGGUCUUCCCAAGAUUUCUGGACACACCAGGACUGAUAGAACAAGAUUUCAGACUUCUGUUUGGUGAGGCCACGGCCAACAAAUUCUUGGAGAAGUGGCCAACCACUUUCAAAGCAAAAGUAAUAAAGGAAAGCCAUGGACUUGUACCCACCACAGAACUCUUGGAUUUGAUGUGCAAUGCUGAGUCAGCUGCUGAAGUUGAGAAUGGCUGGGACAGUGACAUGUCUGCCAUCUUGCUGCUGCUACAUUUGCUACCACCAUCUGCAUAAGGUAGAAAGAGGCUGGGAAGGAUGUCUGCAUAUCAAGCUGUAGAUCAGCUCAUCAGAUUUCAAAAGGUUGGAACCAGUGUGCAGCAGCAUCUAGACAACAUCACCCAAAGCAGUCAGCCCUA